GUUUGGUCAUUCCCUGUUGUUUGAAAGUGGAGAAAUGAUAUUUGUUUCGGUUACGCAUAUCGGUUGUUCGUAAAUUGGUUAUUGUUUUGUUGAAUUCAAUUCGCAUUUGGGUUAUCUAUUUCUCAACCUAUGGCAUCCGAAAAAACGAAAACUUCGCAACCUUGUUCACCAAGGGAAUUUUUCGAAAGACUUUAUGGUCACUUGGAAGACUCUAAAACCAAAAAUGUACAUACACAGGAUGAUGAAAAAUCACGUACAGAUCUGAUAGCACCAAUUCCAAUGAUACCUACACCUCUACCAUUCUUCUUCAAUUCGGGCAACGAUCCACCACCUCAUUUGUCCAUUGCAGCUGCAGCAGGAAUAUCAGCAUUCUUAGCUAGACGACGAAGAAAAGAAGGUAGACCAAGAAGGCAGAGGACCACAUUCACUAGUGAGCAAACUCUUCGAUUAGAGAUCGAAUAUCAACGAUCAGAAUACAUAAGUCGAAGUAGGAGAUGCGAACUGGCCGAGUUUCUAAGACUGUCUGAGACACAAAUCAAGAUUUGGUUUCAGAACCGACGAGCUAAGGACAAAAGGAUUGAGAAGGCUCACAUAGACCAUCACUAUAGAAAACUGUUGGGUGUUUUACCAGGAACCAUAUGCCCGAUCUGCAUCGAAGGACCAUGUUUUCAUAUGAACAACGCCAAUAUGCAGUUGCAAGUGCUUCCUUCUUUAGAGGCAGUUGAAAGGAAUCGUACAAUGGACACAUCUAAUUUAAUGUAGAUAUUCAAAGAAGAAUCAAAAAACAAAUCUAGUCUGAUAUUUAUUAAUAAUUAUUCGUUAAGUACAUUUAUAGCUUAUAUAUUAAGUUAUACCAUUAUAUUACAUUAGUUGAUCAUUAU